CGCCACCGUCGCCGUUUGCCGCCGAUGUAGGAUUUUGAAUUUCCUGCAAACAUAGAGAGUGACUGAAAUCUCGGCCGCUUCAUUCAUACACCUAUCAGUCGGCUCACGACCGUCCAGCCGGGCAGUCAGAGGCGCUCGCGAAGCGCGCGCUCGCUGCGUCUCGCCGUCACAAGCGAUUUCGCGCCGCAGUCGCGACGAUCGACGAUCCUUGACUGAAAAGCCCCGCACUCCGCGAGGUAAACCACGUUCACGGAUCCGGGUGAUAUUAUCGUUUCCUCAUACGAGCGACUCGAAGUUCCAGGCGACGUCUUGGAAGAUAAUUUUGCCUAAUCUUCUCUGCUCCGAAUCGGUAAUUUCGGAGAGAGACACGGAUUUUUUUAAAUAAAACAUCUCCCAGAGAAAGAGUUUUUUAAGAGUGUUAAUUAUUUCGAUAGUUUAACGAUUUUCACGUAUACGUCUGUCUGAAAGUGUCCACAUUUUGAGAUCUUCGUCCAAACAGAAUUUCGCGAAAUACUUCACGGAAGAACAGUCUCUCAUUUUCUAGUUGAAUUCUUGAGUUGACAUAAUCAGAACUGUAAUCUUCUGGAAAAUAGAAACACCGAGAAACAUCAUUCUAUGACGCUGAUUGUUGUGCAUCCAAAGUGAAGAGUGUCAUCGAUGAAUUGCCGCCGCUACAAAGAGAAGGAACGACGAAGAAGAAGGAGAUCCGGUAUCUUUGACGAACUAAUCGUGGACCAAACUUUCUUCAUCUUUUUUGAGUUUCCACCCUCCCAGAGAGGCGCAGUUUUUCGGAAAAAACGCUAGAUUCAUCUGUGAUUCUUCCCACACUCAUCUUUCCUUUUUUUUCUGACGUUUUCGCCACCUUUUUUUAGAAACGAUUUUUUAUGGGGAUUAAAAAAUUUGUCAAGAUAGUCAUUCUCGUGAGAUAACAAAUUAAAAUGGCAUCUUUCAGUCGAAGAGAGAACGAGGAGUAUGGAUUGGGAUAUCAGAACACUUUGAUGUAUGGUCGCUACACGAAGGAUCUGGGUGAGUACGCGAAGGAAGAGGCACGCAAGCUCAAGUAUCAAGAAAAAGCCAGACGAAAAUAUGAUAAAACGAGGGCCGAAGAUCUACGGAAGUCGAGGCGGGGUCCUCUAUGCCGGAAAUUGCUGGCCCUGCUGGCCUUCGCCUGGAAACACACCGGCGCCCGGCUAGGCGAGGACUGGAUCUUCCUUGCCCUCCUCGGUAUUAUUAUGGCUCUCAUCAGUUAUGCCAUGGAUCGUGGCAUUUCCAUGUGUAAUAACGCCAGGAUAUGGCUCUAUCAGGAUCUCACAACGCAUCCGGCCUUCAAGUACCUGGCCUGGGUGUCCAUGCCAGUGUGCCUUAUUCUCUUUAGCGCUGGCUUCGUGCAUAUCGUUGCACCUCAAAGUAUAGGCUCGGGUAUCCCAGAAAUGAAGACCAUCCUACGCGGCGUGGCAUUGAAAGAAUAUCUGACUUUUCGUACUUUGAUUGCCAAGGUGAUCGGCUUAACGGCGACUUUGGGCUCGGGGUUGCCACUCGGCAAGGAGGGUCCAUUUGUACACAUCGCCAGCAUCGUCGCGACGCUCCUCUCCAAAUUAGUCACGAGCUUCCAAGGCAUCUACGAGAACGAGAGCAGGAACUGUGAGAUGCUGGCCGCAGCCUGCGCGGUGGGCGUCGCUUCCUGUUUUGCAGCCCCAAUCGGCGGAGUCCUCUUCAGUAUCGAGGUCACCACGGUGUAUUUUGCAGUCAGAAACUAUUGGCGUGGUUUCUUUGCUGCAGUCUGUGGAGCCACGAUGUUUCGUCUACUGGCAAUCUGGUUCCAGCGUGAAGAGACCAUCACAGCGAUGUUCGCCACCAGUUUCACCAUGGAGUUCCCUUUCGAUCCGCAGGAGCUUCUCGUCUUCGCCCUGAUCGGCGUCGGCAGCGGGCUGCUGGGUGCUUUCUACGUCUGGCUGCACAGGCAAUACGUGAUCUUCAUGAGGAAGAACAAGAGCAUGAACAGCUUCUUACAGAAGAAUCGUUUUCUAUAUCCUGGCAUUGUGUCUCUGAUGGUCUCAUCUGUAUCAUUUCCCGUCGGGCUCGGUCAAUUCAUGGCUGGUGAUCUGAACACCCACGAUCAGGUUUUCGGAUUGUUCACUAACUUUACUUGGACGAAGGAGAAUCUCAGCGUUGAGGAGAUGAAUAUCGUGAAGCAUUGGUCAACAUCAUAUACCGAUGUCUUCAGCGGACUUCUUAGUUUUGUUUUAGUCACUUUCAUCUUUUCAAUUAUAAGUUCGACGGUGCCGGUACCAUCUGGAAUUUUUAUCCCCGUAUUCAAGAUUGGUGCUGCGCUAGGCAGAGCAGUCGGUGAAGCUAUGGCUCUUUGGUUUCCCACUGGUGUACGUUAUGGCGGAGUAAUUACACCCAUUGUACCAGGUGGGUAUGCCACGGUGGGCGCGGCCGCGUUCUCCGGCGCGGUGACGCAUACAAUAUCCGUCAGUGUCAUCAUUUUUGAGAUGACCGGUCAGAUCACACACAUCGUGCCCAUAAUGAUAGCAGUACUGAUUAGCAAUGCCAUCGCUGCGCUUUUACAGCCUAGUAUAUACGACAGCAUCAUUCUUAUCAAGAAAUUGCCUUACUUGCCUGAUCUACUUCCAUCCAGUUCAGGAAUGUACAAUGUUUAUGUGGAGGAUUUCAUGGUCCGUGAUGUCAAGUACAUAUGGCAUGGCAUUAGUUAUCAGAAACUGAAAGACAUAUUAAAAGAAAAUCGCAAACUUCGCGGAUUUCCGUUGGUGGAUAAUCCAGACUCCAUGAUUCUGCUUGGAUCGAUCCAACGAUUAGCACUAGUCAAGCUCAUCGAGAAGCACAUCGGUCGCGAGAGAAGGUUGCAGGUUGCGCAAAAAUGGCACAAGGAGGCGGAGGAGAGAGCGCGCGAGGAAAUAGAACGGCAGUUGAGGGAGCAGGAGAGGACGAGAAGACCUUCGAGAUUUGAGGUCAUCCCGGCACCGGACAUUCUCAAGAUGCAGAGGCAGAGUGUUAAUGAUCUAACGAUGUCAGCAAACAACGGCAGCGGUCCCGAUCAUCAUACGUUCCAUUCACCAGUGUUUGGAUCGCAACCGAAAAAGUCAAUUUUGAAGAAGACCAAUUCUUUCACUCUUAAAGGAUUCAGCCCGUUAGUAAGCCCGGCGGUGACACCCUAUACGACAGUUACAGGCGCGGAAAGCAGGAUUCGUUUGGCGUUUGAGGCGAUCUUCCGCAAAUCCGCCACGUUGCAGGACGUGGAUCCUGAUCCGGAGCUGGGUACCAGAGGGAGUCAAGAAGUCAUGAACGUGCAGUCUCAUACACCCAUGCUGGCUCCAAGUCCAGCGACAUCGAAGAAAGUACAAUUGCCUCGAGAGAGAGUGAUAGACAUGUCGGCCGAAGAUCAGAAAGGGUGGGAGGAGAGCGAGAUGGCACUCGAGGUGGAUUUCUCGAGGUGUCAUAUUGACCCAGCUCCUUUCCAGCUGGUCGAAAGAACGUCCUUGCUCAAGGUGCACAGCCUCUUCAGUAUGGUCGGCGUGAAUCACGCUUAUGUAACGGCCAUUGGCAGGCUGGUCGGAGUAGUUGCGUUGAAGGAGCUGAGGAAAGCCAUCGAGGACGCGAAUGCUGGUAUUCUGCCGAUGCAUCCCGAAUCGCACAUUGCCGAAUCACUCUCGAGCCUGGCGAGAAGCGAGACGGAUACAGAGAUCAACAAGAACAUCAACGCGAUAAACUCUAUAAACUCCGUGGACUGCGAGAAAGUGGAUAAAGUCUAAGGGUUUUGCCGUGUCAAAAUAAGCAAAAGCUUAUAUUGUGAUAGCCGCGUCGACGUAUAAUCGCGUGACGCGACCUAAAUAAUGCGAGAGCCGUGUUUUAUCUAAUUUUCCUUUACUCUUUCCUUGUUUUCCCUUUCACGCGUUUCGAGAGCGACGAAGUCGUUAUGUGCGUAAUGAUAUUCUCUCAAACACUUCUCUCGUACUUAAGCCUUAAGGUGAGCGAAAUAACGAAAGUCCCAAGACAAGACGCGAAUGCGCGAAAUAGUAUUAAGCGUUGCAGUUCCGUUUCGGAAUUUCUUAUUUCGUUCUAACAUAAUGUUAUGUGAGAUGCGAUCACCGAUCGUAUCCACGUUCGUAUACGCGGACUAUUUUUAUCGGAUAGAUAGAUGGAUUCGCACAUCGAGAUUCGUUUCUUAAUGAUGAUUUAAAUCGUUUUAUCUGGAAACAUCGUGAAACACGUAUGUUUUUUCGUUAUAUAUUUUAUUAGAAUAACAUUUAUUAGAAUAACAAGCAUGAUACAAGAACACGCGCGAGGUCUGGAUCGAAAUCAGACGGACUUUCGUGUCUUGGUAUCGAGCUGAGAGUAUCACCUUUAUGAAAUACUGUAAAUCGCGAAUUUAUCGCUACUAUCGACAAGCGACAAGGUAAGUUUUUUAAACGGCUGAACGGAUCUCUCGAUGGAGCGAAAGUGAUUUGUAGUGCCAAAAGCAGCGACGCUGCACUUUCCUGCGUGAUGAAACGUGCAUAAUUGGACCUAAUAUAAUAUGAUAUCGACGUAUGAGAUCAUUUAGGGUUUCUACGCUGACGCUCCUUUAGCUAGUAAGUAUCUGACCAUGGUUGUGCCAGACUAUUAUUUAUUAAUCGUUAACUAUUGUCAAUUUUAAGUAUACGAGAAGAUCAUCAUGUUGUAGAUUGAAUUUAGCAAAAAAAAAAUGCAGACAAUUCUCUUUCAUUCUUCACGAUACUUAAUUUGGAACAGCCGAGAAAGAUGCCCAUUGGAUUUCUUCUAAAAACUAG